AUGAAACUUAAUUCACCAAAAACUCCUAAAACCCACAAAAACGUCAGCCAAAAAAGUUAUUUAAAGCCAAAAGACAGAACCAAAAGCUCGAAUAUCUACGGCGCUGUCAGAGCAACAGCUCCCACUAGCAACAUCAACUUCAGCAGUAUCGUUGAGGCAAACGUCGAAGCUGAAGACGCUGCCAAGCAGCACAUAAAAGAUGAAAAACCAGUAAAAGAAAAGCGCAAAACCUACCAACUUGAUAAGGACAAAAAAGUCAUUCUUCCAACCCCGCCAGACGAGCCAAUUCAUCCGAAAAACUGUCCCCGAAUUUUCUGCAGCGAAAACCGUAAAAAUAGCGAUCUAUUCAUGAGAGCUAUUACAAUAGCUAUGCUUCAUCUCCUACUUAUCCCGAUGUCUUUGUCUAUCUUUACCUAUUUCAUUGUCAAUAGUGACGCUGAUGUUUUGAAAGUUCUGAGUACAUAUGGCGAGCGGAGGGAAAGAAUAGAUAUGGCGUUUGGGGUCAUUUUGUUUGUUGUUAACGCCAUUGGGCUUGUUCUGGCUUUGUGUUUGGGUCUGAUGAAAGAACAAUCUGGCAAAAAUCCGCGAUGUUAUUAUGUGGCGAGAUCCUACUUCUUCUUGCAAUGUGCUACACUAGCACUUCAGUUCGUUCAGUUCAUUCUCUGCGUUAUAUCUUACGGCAGAUCAUCUCGAUUGAAAGCGAACAGCGCCGUGUUCCUAAAUUUAUACUGGGAAUCCAGUAGCUUUAGGUACUCAUUCGAUGGCUACCAAAUUAGGUAUCAGUGCUGUGGUAUACACAGUUACAGAAACUGGUUGAAAUCGCCAUUCUGGGCGAACAUUAGUGAAUAUUACGAAAAUGACGUCAUUGGGGUGCCCAGAAGUUGCUGCAAGCCUGAAGUGAAGGGCUGUGUGCAUAUCGGGGAAGACAGUGCACUGACAAUAAACAAAGACAACUGCUAUAACGUGAUGAGAGACACAAUCGUCGAGUCGUACGCGUUUUUGUGGAUGGUGCUACUCGGCGUGAUGGUGGUUCAAGCCCUGGCCAUGUUCCUGUGUCAUGUUGCCAUGCGCAGCUUCAUCACUGUCUUCAAACAGGCAAGUUUGGAAAUGAUUAAAUUUAUGAUUCUGAAAAGGUUUGAAAUUUUUUUUAACAUUUUUUUUUGA